AUGCCUAGUGUCGGGACACCCGGCAUCAAGGGGCAUUCCCUCCAGAAGUCGAAAUUGCCCAUGAAAUCAAACCCUCAGGCUGUCGAUUGUCGAGGAGUUGUCACUUUCGUUGAAAUCUGCAAAAUGGUUUCGCAAUUGAAAUACUUUAUUCCACUCUGCUCUGUAUGGGGGGCCAUAUCGGUCUUCUAUUUCUCCUACCAAAAUGGCCACAUUCCAGCAGUCCAGGAUAUGGCUGUUUCCAAGCUGCUGCCUGGAGGAGAACUACUAAACACCAAUUGGACUGGUGUCACGGUGAUUGACGAAAUUCUGACUGCUUUUGUGCCAUUUUUCUAUCCUAUUGUGAAUGGGACGUCCCCUAACCUGUCCCUCUACGCAGCCAAAUUUGCUGGUGCUGUCGCCGCUAUCUACAUACUGGUCUGUCUAGAGUCCGUGAGAGCUGGAAAUCAAGGUCGCCUCAUUGCGUAUUUUGCGGUAUCGGCACCGCUAUAUGUCACUUUGCAUCUUUUCACAUCGCCAACAGCCAGCAAGCCGACUAAAGAAAACAUAAAUAUGCCUGUGAUUCAAGUGAAAACCCUGCUGUGGAGCACACUUGCCGGUUACGUUGUGCCGUCCGUGUUGGUCGCCUUUCCUGAGAUGGCACAAGGCCUUCUCCCUUCAAAGCAACACGGAAUCGCACUUUGGCAAGCGUGGCCAAUCUACGUGGCUAUCUUUCAGUACGGAAUUAGCAAAUCUGCCGAAAUCUGCUGCCCGUCGGGCUCAGGCAAUGUAGCCCAGAAUCGAAGUAGCCUCCGCUACCUGUAUGCCUUCGCAUUUGCUUGCGCAGCAAUUCCUCACAUUGCGUCCUGGGCAAUAUCACUUUCUGCCCUUGCGUUCCCGACCUUGUUCAGCCCAGAACUCGCAUCGACCCUGACGCCACGAAAUGUGUUUGAAAAUAUAUCUCCCUGGUCGUCUCAAAAACCUGAAACUCUCGGCAUGGGAACAUUAUGGCUUCUGCAAUGGGAUUAUAUGACGGCUGCGGCGCCAACAUUGCUUUGGGCAAUUCUACUGUAUAAUGCUGCGCAUUCCGCAUGCGGAAUCCGGGUCAGCAGCGUGAAACUGGGGUUUAAAACAAUUGCGCUUUGCGCGGUGGCUGGGAUAGCUGGAGCCGCGGUAGAGUUGAUGUGGGAGAGGGAUGAACUAUUAUUCGGUUCGUCGGAUGCCCAAAAAGGGCAAAGGGGAAAAGAGUGA